CGCCUCCCCGUCCAUGAGACGUGGGCGUGAACUACGUGACCGAUGUCCAGGAGUUUUCUUAGCGGGUAAGACUGUCAAGCUCAGCUGGCGCUGAAGUUACAUGAGACGUCGCACAUCUCCAACGAGUUUCUUUAUGCGACUUGAAUACGUGGUUGAGGCACGAUGGUGGUCGAGGAGAAGAUGGAUAUUUCGAAAGAGGAUACGAUGCAGAAUGAUGUGAUAACGAAGGAGCCGAAAACGUAUUCCUUAGAGAUUUUGAAAAUAAUCAAGGAAGCGCAGCAGCAACAUGGCCUGCGACACGGUGAUUAUCAGCGGUAUCGUGGUUACUGCUCGAGAAGACUCAGAAGACUGCGAAAGGUGCUGAAAGUACCACAGGGUGACAGACGUCACUUCAAGAAGAGAGAUGUCAUCCCUGCCAUGGUCAGCGAGGACAAAUUUUUGCAAGUGCCCUUGAUAAUGGCCGAACGUGCCUGGAGUUAUGCGAUGCAACUGCGCCAGGAAUCUAACACAGAGCCAAGGAAAAAGUUUCAUCUGAUAUCAAGACUGAAGAAAGCAGCUGCAUAUUCCUUGCAAUUACAAGACUUGAUAGAGAAAGUAAAUUGCGACGCACGUACCAAAUUGGAAGCCCAAGCUUAUGUAGCUUGGAUGGACGGCUCGUUGCAGUUUGAGCUACAACUGUGGAAGCAGGCCAUGGAAAACUUGAAGAAGGCGCAGGUGGUGUAUGGCAACCUGGCGUCUGCAUUGCCAGAAGCAGAGCAGGUCAUGUAUAAGGCACGGGUGGAGGAGCUGGCACCCAGUCUCAGGUACUGUGCCUACAACAUCGGGGACACCAGUGCUAUGGACGAUCUCAUGCAGAUGCGCGGCCAAUUGAGCGGUGAACUGAUGGCCAGCCUGGACUCGUUGAUUGCACAGACGCGCGAGAAACAAGCUAACAUGGAAGAAGUAACGUGGCGCGGCAAGUCGUGCGGUACUGUUCCACCGAGGGCGGCCGGUCUGAUCAUCGCAGACUCCAGGCUGAAUCAAGCACUGGAGAAAGCGGCCACUAAUCAGGCUAAGAUUGACCUGCUCGAGGCGCACUUGAUCGACUGCAAGGAUGCGCUGUCGGCCGUGCGCGAUCAUUUCAAGAACGAGCUGAAAAACCGGGAGAGUAAUGACAAAUGGUCGGCACCGCAGCACCUGAUCAACUACCUGCAGUACAUCCGGCUGUCGCGCACCUUGGAGCGCAAUCUGGCGCUGGUGAGCGCAGCGGAGGAAUCCGAAAAGGCCAAGCCGCAGGACAUUGUGCGGCUGUAUGAGGCUGCGCUGCACAAUCUCGUGGAGAUCUCGCAGCUGCAGGACGACGCAGAUUUCUUGGAGGAACAGACGGCAAAGACCAAGGGCUAUAGGGCUUUCCGUUGCUACUAUAUAGCCCAGUCGCUCGCCAACCUUCAUCGUUGGCGCGAAGCAAUGGCUCUCUAUCAGAGAUCGCUGCAGCAUGUGAAAAAUGCGCUCAGAUACGCUCAUAUUCUUCCAGACGCCUUGAAGGCGGCCUUGUACAAGCUGGAGACAUCCGUAGAAGCAGCACAGUACGCCGCCCACGCUCACAGCGUUCUCGAGGAUCACGAAGAAGACGGAGGUACGAAUAAGCACGCCAAGAGUAAGAAACCUUUGUACGAACGCUUGCCCGAGUACAGAGAGGAUCCUGCGCUUCUCACCAAGCAACCAAACGUCUACAAACUGCCACCGCCGAUGCGCAGCAUUCCCUGCAAGCCUCUAUUCUUCGACCUAGCCUUCAACAUGGUCGAUUUCCCCGAUCUGUCGCAUAAAAUGGGCGAUCAAGCCAAGAGAGGCCAAGCCGGCUUGGUCAGUGGUUUUGUUAAGGGUUUCUGGAACUGGGGAAACAAAUAAGUAUCAUUCUAUGUGCGAUUCUGAAGAAGCGACAGGACAUGUUGUAUAGACGGUACAAUGCGAUGUACCAUUGCCGCUGUCUCUCUCUCUAUGACCUACCGGGCCAGAGUGUUGAACUCCCGGUGUAUACGUACAAGUCGAAUUUUCACUAUAACAAUAAUAUUGCCGGGGAUGCAAAUAAAACGGAAUACUUGGGAUAUAGA